CGGGAAAAGGCGCGGCGGCCCUGGGAUUUUUGCAGGCAACUUGCAUUUCUCUCGUCUUCCUGUUGCUUUGCAUACUUCUCGGGUUUAUUUACUCUUGUUGAAAUCAAAAAUGGCCAUCUCGUCUGUUAUCUACAACACUAUCUUCCGCCGGAACUCGAUCUUUGUCGGUACCGUUCUCGCCGGUGCUUUCGCUUUUGAGAUUGCCUUUGACUCGACUGUCGACAAGUACUGGGAUGCCAGAAACAUCGGCAAGCAAUGGAAGGACAUCAAGUACAAGUACGUUGAGAAGGAUGAGGAGUAAAUAGUUUGGGGCGAACGACGACGCGGAAUGAAUAAAUACAGAUAGAAAUCAAUAUGACGAUGGUUUAGUGAUUAAGAGUAGCAGUGAUUAUGAGUAGCAGUGUCUAGUGUCUGUAAAGGAUGCUGAUCAUAUCUAUUGAUCUGAUAGAAUAGUGGGCUAUUAUGUCUGCUAUGUCUCAAUUAUCUAUUAUAUCAUUCAUUACACAUAAUCCACAAUAAUCAAAAAUGCAUCUCUUAAUGCUCAUAAUGAAAGAUCAUAUGAAAGAA